UUUCAGCAUGUACUUGAGACUUUGACUGUCCUUGACCUUAUUUCAGUGUUUACUUGAGACAGUGAAUGUCCUUGACCUUGUUUGUAAGAUUGACACGGGUCAGAUAUCCAAGGUAUUCCAGGAAAUGCGUCACCUAUACAACAGACUUUCCCAAGACUUAGGCAAGUCUCGCCUAUUGCUACCCAUCUUACAAUUCUAUAUGAACCAUAGUAAGGCAGUGCUACAUGACCCUCAGGAAGCCUACAGGCUCAUCUUUCACACAGUGCUCUCUCAGAGUUUCAUGGACAAUGCUUUGAUGUUUGACAUGGUCAUGUUCCUGCGACAGAAUCUAGAGGCUUUGUGUCACAACACUCAAAUCCUCACCACUUUCUUCCCCAACAUCUUUAAGAUUCUAGCAUGGAACCCAAGGACCUAUUUGAGUGAGUUUGAAGAACUACUACCAGCUCUGAUGUCAUCUUCUACAGCACUAGAGGUUCUACAUGUCCUGCUGGAUCUUCCGUGUAUGACAAUUGCCCUGGAGGUAACGAAUCACUGGGAUGGGAAGGGAGAAGCCCUCAGCCAGUCCGACACAGACCCAACCUCCUCCACAGAGGCCUUCCAGCAUAUAUUCUUCAGGCCCAUGUUCAACUUCUUCACACGGGUAGAAGGUGGUCAUGGGGACACCAUCAACAGACUAGCCAGCUUCCACAAAGCUGUGAAGGACAUGAGUCAACAUCCACGUGUUGUUGUAUGUUCCCAGGCUGUGCCUGUCCUCCUCCGGGUGUGGUUUGAAGUAGUACUGGAGGAAGGGACAACAGACUUUGCAGCACAUUUACUUGCUGUCCUUUUAGAACGGUCAGCACUACUCUAUGACAUGCCAGACUUCAAAACAGAUGUGAAAAGAAUUUUAUCUGAGAAUGUUGUGCGACUGUUUAAGAAGUUUCCACAAAUCCUUAUUGAUGUGCAAAGUGAAAUACAGGACUUUGUCAUGAGCGUCUCCAACAUCAUGGGUCGCGAGGAAUUUUUUGCAAACAUGGUAUGGGCUGUUGGGGAAUACUGUUCCUCUACCCAUGAUGACAGGUGCAGUACUGAUAUCAUCAAGAGAUUCUUCGACACCCUGGAGCCACUUACAUAUGAAAUGUCCGCCAUGGUUUCCAUGGGGAGAGUGACCUCUUCUCAAGGUCAUGCCAAGAUCAUCUCCAUUCUCAUGUCAUCCAUUGCUAAGUUGUCAUCGCGAUGUCAGGACCUCAUUCCCAGAGCAGUUCUCUGUCUUAGCAAGGUUAGCCAACAGCAACAGCAGUGUGGGGCUCAAGACCCUGAGAUACAGAACACCUUAGUCAGUUGCUCACAACACCUUGUCAAUCUUCUACAAAUUCCAAAUUUUGCGGCUGUUGUAUUAAACCCCUGCCCAGAAAUACAUACAGGCAGGUGGCAUCUGGAUAGCACAGGAUUGCCAGCAACACUAAGAGGUGUACAUCGAAUUAUAACAUCUGACUCUUAAAAGCCUAUGGACCUCUUUUCCAUCCAUGGAAUUACAUAUUCAUGUUGUGCCAAUAAUAUUCAUUUGUUAUAUAUUUAUUUUUGUUAUUAAAAUAUUGAUUUUC